AUGUUUAUAUUCGAAUGGUUCCAAGACAUCUUAGCCUCUUUGGGGUUAUGGAAUAAGCAUGCCAAAUUAUUAUUUUUGGGUUUGGAUAACGCCGGUAAAACUACCUUAUUACAUAUGUUGAAAAAUGAUAGAUUAGCUACUUUACAACCAACAUUACAUCCUACUUCAGAAGAAUUAGCCAUUGGUAAUGUUAGAUUCACCACUUUUGAUUUGGGUGGCCAUCAACAAGCUCGUCGUUUAUGGAAAGAUUAUUUCCCCGAAGUUAAUGGUAUUGUCUUUUUAGUUGACGCUGCUGAUCCUGAAAGAUUAGCUGAAUCUAGAGCUGAAUUGGAAUCUUUGUUCAGAAUCGAAGAAUUAAACUCGGUUCCUUUCUUGAUUUUGGGUAAUAAAAUCGAUGCCCCAACUGCUGUUAGUGAAAUGGAAUUGAAAACCGCAUUAAACCUUUUUGGUACUACCGGUAAAGAUGGUAUCAAAUUAGCUGAAGGUACCAGACCUUUGGAAGUCUUUAUGGUUUCUGUUGUUAUGAGAUCUGGUUACGGAGAAGGUUUUAAAUGGUUAUCCCAAUAUAUUUAG